AUGUUCCUAGAUUCGAGAUCUUUCAACCUAAACAAGCUGUACUCAAGCCUGGUAGAGGCCAAGAUAUGGGGAGUUGCGUCGAAAGCACUUGCCAAGCCAAGUCCACCACUUUUCUAUCCAGAGUACACAAAGCCAGGAGGCACCGAAUAUGUGUACAGGGAACUAGAGUUUUGGACCAGCGGGUUCUUCCCGGGGAGCCUAUAUCUUCUACUCGAGAGGAGACGCAAGUAUAACGGAGUAUUAGUCCGUGCAAGCCCCUCAGACCUUCAUGAGACUCAACUAGAGUUUGCGUGUAAGUGGUGGACAGAGAACCUCCACCAAAAUGCCCAUCUCGGCACAACACACGACUUGGGCUUCAUGAUCGCACCAUGGGCCAAGCUAGCAUGGGAGCUGAACAGAGAUUACAAAGCCUUCGAUACCCUUCAGAGCUCCGCAAAGAUGUUGCUUUCUCGUUUCAGUGACAAAGUUGGCCUGAUCCGGUCUUGGGACACUUGCACAACGAAACGGUACAGCUUCCAGAGCCCGGAAGUUGAUUUCAUGACCGUUAUCGACAACAUGAUGAACCUCGAUCUCCUCUUCUACAUGGCCGCCCAAACCGGCAACCAGAGCAUGUACGACGCAGCAGUCCAGCACGCCAGGACCACUCAACGCACGCAUCUCCGCGCCGACUUCUCGACCAUCCACCUCGUCGUCUUUGACCCAGCCACUGGAGACGUCACGCAGCGGCUCACUAACCAGGGGUACACCGAUACGUCGUGCUGGACGCGAGGCCAGACGUGGGCCAUUGCCGGGUUCGCAGAGACGUAUCACUGGACUCGUGAUGAGUCGUUCCUCGCGACAGCGCGCAGCUGUGCUGAUCUUUUUCUGAGAAGACUGCCGCCUUCGUUUAUUCCGCCGUGGGAUUUUGACGCUGUUACUGAGGAGGAGAACGGGGAAGGAUCCAAAGAGCCACCGGAUGUAAGCGCGGCUAUGAUCGCCGCAUAUGGAAUGUUGCUCAUACACAAAGCAAUGUCGGCUUUGGGGGAGAAGUCGGAGUACUUACUUGCUGCGUUGAGGAUCACCGAGGCGGUUUGUGGGAGCCAUAUGAACAAAGCGGCGAGGUUCGAAACGAGGACGGAAGAGAUUCAGACGGUUGAGCAUGGGCCUGUGCAGGAUGCGAGUGUUUUGGGGGUGGAUAUGGGGUUUGGAGAGACGAUAUUAAAUGGUGCGACUAUCAACAAUCAUGAGUUUGCGCCGAGGAGGUGGGCGGAUCAUGGGUUGGUGUAUGCGGAUUACUACUUCUUGCUGGUGGGUAAUUUGCUGCUUGAGAUGGGCGUUGGGGAGUUGAUUGUAGAGAAUGUGCUGCAGAAGGCGAAACGCAAUGAGGUGAGUACCUAG